AUGGCAGGAGUAGGACCGAUGACUCAGGAUUGGGAGCCCGUGGUGAUCCGUAAGAAGACUCCCAACGCUGCCGCCAAGCGCGACGAGAAGACUGUCAACGCUGCUCGGAGAAGCGGCGCCGAAAUCGAAUCCGUCAGAAAACACAAUGCUGGAACAAACAAGGCGGCUUCAAGUGGCACCUCCUUGAACACCAAGAGGCUUGAUGAUGACACUGAGAACUUAGCUCAUGAACGUGUGCCAACUGAGUUGAAGAAAGCAAUCAUGCAAGCCCGAGGGGAGAAGAAACUCACACAGUCCCAACUCGCUCAAAUUUAUGGCGGUAAUAUGAAGAUGUGUUGGUUGUGUAGCUGA